AUGAAUAAACGACCAUUGAAUACAAUUACUCCACUAUUGUGUAUUACAAUACGCUUAGAAAAUUAUGUGGAAUUACGUAUUCAUGAUGAAUAUACUACACCAAUAUUUCAGUAUCGUUUUGAACAACAUUUUGCUAAUCCAUGGAAAGAACCAAAAAAAUCCAUUAAAACUAAACUAAUUCUUACUUAUACUUCAUUAAUUUUAAAAAAUGCCUCAUGGUGGCCAUAUCGUGUUGAACAUUCAAUAAAAUAUAAAUCUGUACAAAAAUUGAUUACAUUCAAUCAAGGACAACUAAGAUUUGCCAUAGGAUUAUAUGAUGAAGAUUAUGCUGAGAAAGAAUUUGUUGUUAUGUCAAUCAAAAAUGCCUACGAUAUGGAAAGAUUAAUUCAACUGAUAGAUUCACAAUUAUUAAUAUGGAAAUAUGCAUUGAACAAAGAAACUGACUAUUCAAUUAGACCAGAUAAAAAACAGUUGAUGAUCGGUUACAAAGAAUCAACACCUUUAAAUAAAAUAUCCAAAAGACGAGGUCUAAUUGGCAAAAGUCAAAAUGCUAUCAUUAAAAAUGAUGCAGCUAUGUUGAAUUCACUAGCGAAUAAUACUUCUUCAAAUCAAUCUAAUGUAAAAUUAACUAAUAAUCCUCAUAGAACAUUAGAAAUAGAUCAAAAUCAUUCUCGACGUUAUUCACAACAAACUAAUCAAGAUUAUAAUGAAUACAAGCCAACAUUACAAAUCUACACUAAUGUAGACAGUAAUGAUUCAUUUAAUCAUAGAAGACUAAUUGAACCAGUUCAAAGUACUUCAUAUAGUUCUAGAUAUGACACUGAACGACAGAAAAAGCAAUUGAGAAAAGAAAAAGAAAGAACUAGAAAAAUCAAGAAUCAACAAUGUCAAACAGAUAAUGUUUAUAUUGAAAAUAAUACAAAAUCAUGGGAAGUUGAUAUUAAACAUGUACGUUAUGACCCUAUUCAAGGAAAUAUCAUCGAUGAUAAUGGUUCAGUUUAUUUAUAUACUGCUCAUGAAAUUGACUAA